AUGCAAUUUCUCAUUUUCUAUCUCAAAGAUUCACAUGUUCAAUCACAUUCUUUUACAGUUGAUAGUAUUUUAGAGCUAAAGAAACAAAUUGCACGUUAUUUAAGUAAGAAAGCAGAAAAUAUCAAAAUUACAAAGGAAGGAACAGAGUUAGACGAUGAAUAUAAUUUUGAUAAUGAAGUUUCUGAAGAUAUUAAUGAAAUGAUAUGCAAAAUACGCGAUAAUAAACAAAAUACAAAUAUUAAUAUCGAAUUAAUUCAGAAUAAUGAAUCAUCAAGUAUUCAAUAUUUAACAUCAUUAGGAUAUCAUCGUGAUGCAAUCCUAUCCGCUUUGGAAAAGUCUGAAAACGAUAUUUCGCAAACGUUACAUUUAUUAACUGAAACAUCAAAACCAAAAUUAUACUCCAUUGGAAAAACUGAUUCGAAUCAUUCUACAGCGGGAACUUCAAAAGAAAAUGAACAAGUUUCAAAAGAAAAAAUUGAAGGAAGUUUAGAUGUUAAGCUGUUAAUAUCAAAAGUAUACGAGUUAAACUACAAAUGGGACCAAAUAAAUCAGUUCUUUCCGAACUAUUCAAAAGGAUAUUUAAAUUUUGUUUUGGUUUACAUACAUAAAAAGCUUUCCAAUAAAAUAAAUGAAGUACAAGACAGCAAAUGGACUGAUUUAGAAGAUAAAAUUUUAUUGGAACAAUAUUAUUUGGGACGCUCUCUUCAGCAAUUGACAGAACAGCUCAGUCCAAAGUCAUCUAAGGAUAUCCAGCUUCAUUUGAAGAAUUUGGACUAUUCUUUAAAAAAUACAAUUUUAUUACUUCAAUUUGCAGAACAGUUCAACGAAGAAGACUGUCAAUGGGACAUAGAUGAUGUAAAUGAAUGUCAAAUCCCAACUUUCAUUGAUGAUUUGAUAGAAAAAUUUGAUAAGUCAAAAUACCUUAAAAAUCAAGAAGAAUACAAGAAGAAUUUCAUAGAGAAAAUUGAAUUGUUGAAGCAAAAAUCUCACUCUUUCAAUACAUAUAUUCCUUAUAAAAUAUUACCACAAAAAAUCAUUCAUCCCAUCCCCGUCGAUGUUUCUAAGAGAUGGAAUGCUAUUGUUGACGUUAAAGCUGUGAAUUUUAGAGAUUUGGAUCCUGAUGAAUUUUCUGAAGAAACAGAACGACCAUCAAGCUCAAGAGCGAAAAGUCGUAUAUCUAAUUCGUUUAAAGCCUCAAAUUCUGAAGGUGAUGACGAAUCUAUGAGCCAAAAUGCAAGAUCAAACGAAUCCAGUAGUUCCAAUAAAGUUUCUGAUGAUGUAUUUGAAUAUUCUCCAGCUUCUGAACAAGAGGAUUCACAAGAAGUUGAAGAAACUGCUUCGAGUUCAAAUAAGAAAUCUAAUUCAAAGCAGAAAGGAAGCGAUAAGGUCGUCAAAAAGAAGUAUGUAUGGAAUAAAGAUGAUGAAGCCACUCUUAUCAAGAGACAUGACGAACUUGGGAAAUCUUCAGAUAUCUGGAAGAAAUUAUCCAAAGAACUUGGAUAUUCAGCCGAAUCAUGCCAUAGAAUGUAUUGUAGACUAACCGAUACACCUCUUAAUGGCUUUACAAAUCAAGAAAUGAAAUUAUUAAUUCAGAAAUACAAUGAAUACGAGAAAAAUGAAACUAAAUGGGAAGAUUUAGCAAAAGUGUUUCCUGAUAGAGAUCUUCCGACGGUAAGAAAACAAAUUAUCGACGCAAUUAGAUUUAUUAUAAGAGAACCUAAGUCGAAUGUUUAUGAAAAGCCGCAUUCGAUCCUUGAAAUGAUUGGAAAGAAGGAAAGAUGCCCAUGGAUUGAAGAAUUUGACCAGAUAUUAAUGGAUAUUCAUAAUGAAAUUAAAGAAGGACCAAAACUACAAGAUGAGCUUUUGGAAACAUUUCCUAAUCGUACUAUUAAUGGUGUUUUCACUCAUUAUAAGAAAUUGUUGGUUAAAAUACGCCAAGGGAAAUAUAAGCAUAAGUAUCUUAUUUUGUAA